AUGGCCGACCCAUCAGCAGCCACUCCUCUGCUACAUCCACCACAAAACUCAUAUAACUCAACAUCUCCACAUCACAAUGUCGAAACUGCGGGAGAUAUUCACCCCAGCCGUGAUGUUGGAGAUGACAUCUUCCCCGAGACAUCCACCAUCGGCCGCAACCUCUCGUGGCGGAGCGCCUUUGUCAUCGUGAUAUCCCGCGUCGUUGGCAGCGGCAUCUUUGCCACACCCGGCACCAUCGUGCAAUCUGUCGGAAGCCCGGGUCUGUCUCUAUCACUCUGGCUGCUCGGUGCCUUUAUCGCAGCUUGUGGCCUUAGUGUGUCUCUCGAGUUUGGCUGUAUGCUGCCUCGGUCGGGGGGCGAUAAAGUCUACCUUGAGUUUGCGUACCGAUGGCCCAGGUUGCUCGCUUCUACGCUUUUUGCUAUGUAUGCGGUGUUUCUGGGAUUUACGGCGAGUAACUGUAUUGUGUUUAGCCAGUAUGCUUUGUUUGCGCUCGGAGUUGAUGAUCCGAGCGAUGGGCUUAAGAAGAGUCUUGCUGUUGGAUUGCUCACGUUUGUGUGUGUCACGCACAGUAUUUUUCCCAAGGCCGGGAUCAAAAUACAGAAUGUCCUGGGCUGGGUCAAGAUUGGCAUCAUAGUCUUUAUGAUCCUCUCAGGUUUCUAUGUUGUCAUUGUCCGACCGGAUAUGGGCGCAGCUCCAACCGGGCAACUUGCGUGGGAGCAUCUUUGGGACGACAGCAACUGGAGCUGGGGUGUCAUUGCGACGAGUCUCUUCAAAGUUUUCUACUCCUUCGCAGGUCUUGACAACGCCGCGAAUGUCAUGAACGAGGUGAAGCAUCCUGUGCGGACGUUGAGAUCUGUCGCUUUGACUGCGCUUGUCAUGUCAUGCGGUAUGUAUAUGCUCAUCAAUGUGGCAUACUUAUUGGUCGUGCCGAUUGGAGAGAUUAGAAAAAGUGGUGAACUCAUUGCUGCGCUGUUUUUUGAGAGGUUGUUCGGAGCGAGCUUUGGGCGCAUUGUUCUUCUUACUGCUGUGGCGCUGUCUGCGGUUGGGAAUGUUAUGGUUGUUGCUUUCGCUAUGGCGCGUACGAAGCAAGAGAUUGCGCGACAAGGCUUCAUUCCCUACUCCUCUAUCCUAUCUUCAUCCCGACCAUUCAAUUCACCCAUGGGUGGCUUCUUCAUACACUACAUACCAUCAUUUCUGGUCAUGGUCCUCCCACCGUCUAACACAAUCUACUCAUUCAUUCUCGAUAUCGAGGGCUACGCUGGGCAAUUGAUUGGUUUAGCCGUAGCGAUUGGUCUUGUCAAGCUUCGCUUGCAGCGUCCAGACCUCAAGCGGCCGUUCAAAGCGUGGAUGGUCGCUGUGGGGUUGAGAAUCACCAUAAGCUGCGCCUUGAUAGUAGCUCCAUUCUUCCCUCCGCUGGAUUACGAAGGGGACAUAUUUUACGCGACGUAUGCUGUAUUUUCAUGGGUUAUUUUGGUCGUUGGGGUGCUGUACUGGUAUGUGUGGACAGUUGGUGUACCCCGUUGGCGAGGGACGAGGUUGGAAGAGCAGACAGAUGUGUUGGAUGACGGGACGACCAUCACGAGACUAAGAUACAGAUCAUAG